AUGAGCAUGAAAGAGUCAGGCAGGAGAAUCCACGACGAGAGGCAAUUGACGGUAUGGAGAGGGAAUCUUAAUUUUGAGAAAAAAGAGUUGAUGAAUGCAUGGCAAAUUGUAUCUCUUUGUAUGGGAGUCGAACCUAGCUUUCCGGCGAAAAUCGACGAAGCGAAUUGCAUUCGCAAAAAAUCUGCAGCUUUGGUCAUCAGCCUCAGUAAAAAGCGAAGUCAAGAAAAAUCAUACGAAGUCAGAGCCUUCCCUUGGCAUCAAAUGGGAGCGAACGGCCUCCCCCCUCUCUCGACCAAUGGCCUCCUGCCUCUCUCGAUGGAUGGCCUCCCCUUGGCGAAUGGCCUCCUCUUUCGACAGAUGGCCUCUCGGCAAAUGGCCUCUCCCUCUCUCGACGGAUGGCCUUCUCCCUCUCUCGACGGACGGCCUCUCGGCGAAUGGCCUUCUCCCUCUCUCGACGGACGACCUCUCUGUGAAUGGUCUCCUCCCUCUCUCGACGGACGGUUUCCCCUCUCGGCGAGUGGCCUCCUCCCUCUCUUGAUGGACAGCCUGCUCCCUCUCUCAACGGACGACCUCCUCCCUCCCUUGGCGAACAGCUUCCUCCCUCCCUCAAUGAAUGGUUCUCAUACUUCCCUUGAUGAACGGCCUCCCCCCUCCCUCAACUUGAAGAACAGUCUUCCCCUUCUCUCAGUGAACGGCCCUCCUCUCUAUUUCCUGACCCAAGUUGAGCUCAAGCAAUCAAUGACUAUUAUAUGA